GCAGUGAUUAAAGGUCUCUACUUUUAUCUAGAGAUAAUUUUCUAUCUCGGUCAUCUGAUCUUCAAACGUGAACGCGUGCAAAUACUGAUUUUACGGUUUUAGUCCUGCAACGUGUUUGGAGAAUUUUGGGGGUUUUUCACUCUCUUAAAAAUCUAUAAUAAAAUAUAUUAAAAAUGUCGAAUUUAAAUAUGACGGAUAGCGAUGAUGAUCCGGUGGUUAAAGAGAUUCCAAUAUUUUUAUCUAAAACUCUUGAGAAUAAAUUAUUCAUCUUCCAAUAUCCUACACGUCCUGCUGAACAAGGAUAUGAUGAUGCAACAUUUUUGAAUUCUUCUAUAAAACCAGAAAAUACAGAGGUCAGAUUAGAAAUAGCUUACGAUACGUAUAGUAUUAAUUAUGAUCAAAUGAAAGGAAGACAAAUUGCUAUUAAUGCCGAUGGUAAUUCUAAAUUUGAUGAAGAAGACGACGCCAAAAUUUUUGACAGCGAUCUGAUGGAUAAGAUUACUUUGCAUUCUUCUCGUACAUUACCAGAAGCCACAAAUUAUGCGGCAACUGUUUACCAGGAUGGUGAGCUACAUAUCACUCCAAUUAAAAGUAUUGUCCAAUUAAGGCCACAAUUUAAUUAUCUCGAUAAGAGUGAUAAACGUGUUAGAGAAGAAACUAAAGUUAAUGACGAAGAUACCGAAGAAGAAGAUGAAGGCCCUAAACAAGUUAGUGUUACUUUUGAUAGAGAAAAAUCAGAUUUUGUUAAAAAAAUGCAGGAACAAUCCUUUCAAACCUUUUCAAAAAUAAGUUUAGCAGAAAAAUGGAUACACACAAACUAUGUUCCGGUAAACAGUACACAAGCCGAUCUUGCACGUUUGGAAAUGUUUUGCCCAUCGACCGAAGAAAGUAUCAAUUCAUUGGAUCUUACAAAUAAGCAAUAUUUAGAACUUUUAGUGCCAUCUAAUAGUCAAGAACAAAGUAUCCAAAAUAUCCAAAAUAUCAAAAAUCAUUCCCUGUCCCUUGAUUAUAUUAAAACAUUACCGCUUCUCGAUCAAGUCAGGACUCAUGUUAAACAUAUGAAGGUGGUGUCGUUCACAGCGAUACGAUUGCUUAUAUUACCAGAACACGAUACUGCAUCUAUAUUAAAAUAUUUACAGCAGUUAGCUGUUCUAGUGCAAGGAAACUGGAUUGUAAAUAGUGAACUUAUUUAUACUAAAGAUAGUGAAUCGUCUAAGAGUGGUAUACCAGCAGAUCUCAUGUGUAAGGCUAGAGAUUACAUCUUAUUAUUGUUUACUGAACAACAAUACCUUGAUCGAAAGACUGUAUCAACCGUUAUUAAAAUUCCUUCCAUCGAAAUAAACGAGAUAUUUACUGACAUAGCUGUACAGGUGCCAAAAAAAGGAUGGCAUUUGCCAAUAUCACCAAAUAUGGAUUUUUACAAAAAAUAUCCAGAAAUAGCACAAAGGCAAGAAAUGUUGUGGGAGGCCAAACGAAAACAUUUGCGUGAAACAUUAAUGUCGCAAAAUCAAGUACCACAACGUCAAAGAAGAAGAUCUAAUAGAGAAUCGAUUGGUUCUGAAAAUGAAGAAAGAAACGUAGGUCGAGGAAAGAAGUUAAAAGAUUCGUCAAUUUUGGAAGACAUCUCACCAGAAACGGUUAAACAUAAGAAAGUAAUUAGAUCUAAAAAAGUUUCGGAAACUACAUGACCAAAAGCAUCGAAAGAUUAGGAUAUAAAUAUAAAUGUAUAAUAGCACUUAUAUAUUAUACAUUUAUCUAUUAUAGUAAAAUAUAUUCUAGGUACUGUUAUUACAUCUACAAUAGUGAGUGAGAUAACAUCUAUACAAUUAUUGUGAUAUGUUUGUUUAAUACACUGCCGUACGGUGACCUCCUUUGUAGUGUACUGGUUAUCAUCGCUACUUCUCACCGGAAAGAUCUAGAUUUUAAUUCUGGCUACUGUUUUUCUUGAUAUUCUUUUCAAGAAUUAGUGGGUCUGUAAUUAAUAUUGAUUCAGAGUUUUUUGAGCAUAAUUAAUUCAAAAGUUUUCUGAUCCUAAUAAUCACAAAAAAUAAUCAUCCCACUAAAAAUGUAAAUUCUCGGGACUGGUCAGUGAACACUUAGUAGGCCUAAGUUCCACUAUGGACUGUCAUGUGCUAAGAAAAAAAAAUACAAAAGAACUGCCGUGCGGUAAAUACAUUAAGAAAAACAUUAAAAUUACAUCACUAAUACAACAAAUUUAAGUCGUCCAUUUGCAAAAUUCGUUAUGUAGAUGAAAAAUCAUGGAAUUGAAAUAUAGUACGAUCCAUUGGAUAUAGCAAAACUAGAUAUUUUUAAGAUAUGAAAAAUUAAAAAAUGAAUUAACAAUUGUUGAUUACAUAACGGACUUUGGAAAUAAAAUAUGAAGAAAGAUUUUCAUUUUAUUGUCAAUAUAGUUAAUAACAAUUAGAUUGUUUUCGAAGAAAUGAUGAUUUAUAUUGUUCAUAAACAUAAUAUUUUUAUUCUGUUAGAACCACAUUUAGUAAGAACGAAUGAGUAAUUUUUUAA